UAGGUUGUUUGGUAAUGACAUACCGGUUUUUACAUUCAAAUUUCGCGCUUCGCUUGUGAAGUCAAAUAUAAUCGUAUCUGGCAAUGCUGUAUAUCGUUCGAAAGGGAAAAACUGCUGCGGAAUCUCGCAGACAGAUUAUUGCUGUCUUAGGAGAUAACAAACUUUCGGUUCAAACCGUCGAACAGUGGUUUAGGCGAUUCCGAAGUGGCAAUUUUGAUAUCGAAACACCCACGCCUUCCGGACGACCAGUGACCGUUGAUACGGAUAAAAUCAUGGAAAUAGUGGAUCGAGAUCGUCAUGUGACUAUUAAAGCCAUCGCAGAGGAGCUGCAACUAAGCACGGAAACCGUCCAUAGGCAUUUAAAGUCGAAAAAUUAAACAAAAAAGCUCGAUGUAUUGGUGCCUCAUGUGUUAUCCCAAAAAAACAUUUUCGACCGUGUAUCUAUCUGCGAAUCUUUGUUGAACCGUAAUAAACUCGACUCAUUUCUGGAUCGGUUAGUCACUGUUGAUGAAAAAUGGAUCACAUAUGACAACAUAAAGCGUAAAAGAUCCUGGUCGAAGCACGGUGAGUCGUCUCAAACGGUGGCAAAGCCAGCAACAGGUGUUGCUGAGUGUAUGGUGGGAUAUCAGAGGAAUUAUCCAUUAUGAAGUGUUGCCCUAUGGCCAAACCAUCAAUUCUGACCUCUACUGUGAACAACUGGAGCGAUUAAAGAUUGCACUUCAACAGAAGCGGCUAGCCAUGGUGAAUCGUAAGGGCGUUGUGUUCCAUCAUGACAACGCCAGGCCCCAUACAUCUUUGGUCACGCUUCACAAGCUGCGGGAGCUUGGUUGGGAAGUGUUAAUGCAUCCACCUUAUAGUCCGGACAUUGCCCCAAGCGAUUAUCAUCUGUUUUUGGCCAUGCAAAAUUUUUUCGAUGGACAAAAAUUGAGUUCAAUGGAGGAUUGUGAAAAUCGAGUCGCCGAGUUUUUUGCCAGUAGGGACAAGGACUUCUUUAAGAGAGGCAUAUACAAGUUACCAUUAAAAUGGCAGAAAAUCAACGAAGACAACGGUACAUGUAGCACUUAAAUCGGACAAUGCUAACUAUGUUAAAAUCGUCGUCAAAAAUCAAUAAAAAACCGGUAUGUCAUUACCAAACAACCUA